CACAUGUACGCACGUACACAUACAAAAAAAACCAUCUCCCAAAAAGAGAGCGCCUGCGCAGAGAGCGGAGAGACAGUGAAAAGAAUGGAAAACCAAGUUGAAAUAUGUGAAAAAUGUCGGGAAACUACAAGUUUUAAUCGGCAAUUGAAGUGAAGUUUAAAAACAGCUCGCAUGUGACAAUGUGGGUGUGAUUUUUUCCAGGCCGUUGCCGUUGCCGUUGUCAUUGCCAAUUGCUGAUUGCCGUUCUGUCAUGCGCUCGCUCUCAAACGCACACAGGCACAUGAUGGCACAUACACAUGACAAAAUCCAAUAAUCUCUCACCGACACUCGGACACUCGUCCAGUUUCAGUCUCGUUUCAUUUUGCGCGCUCACUCGCUCAUUCGCAAAAAAUUCGUCGACGCAGCAGCAGUGUGUUCGCAGAGCAGCCCUAAAACAAACACAACAAACAAAGCAAAAUGUCUUCUGAAGUGAGCAGCGACAACCCCAUCUAUGGCCCCUUCUUCGGUGUUAUGGGCGCCGCCUCCGCCAUCAUCUUCUCGGCUCUGGGCGCUGCCUAUGGCACUGCUAAGUCUGGUACCGGUAUUGCUGCCAUGUCAGUGAUGCGUCCCGAACUGAUCAUGAAAUCCAUCAUUCCUGUGGUCAUGGCGGGUAUCAUUGCCAUCUACGGCCUGGUCGUGGCUGUGCUGAUUGCCGGCGCGCUAGAAGAGCCCUCAAAGUACACCCUGUUCAGGGGCUUCAUACACUUGGGAGCCGGUCUGGCGGUGGGCUUCUCCGGCCUGGCAGCUGGUUUUGCGAUCGGCAUCGUGGGAGACGCUGGUGUCCGCGGCACAGCACAGCAGCCCAGACUGUUCGUCGGAAUGAUCCUGAUUCUCAUUUUCGCCGAAGUGUUGGGUCUCUACGGUUUGAUUGUGGCCAUUUACCUGUACACGAAAUAAAUCAAUCAAUGCAAAAACACAACAAAAAAUAGACAAACAGCGCCCAGCAGUCAACAGCAGCAGAAGCCACAACACCAGCAGCCCCAUCCGGCGUAGGAGCAGGUAACAAUGAGUACAACCAACCAACCAACAGCCACACAAAACCAAAACAACAAUUGCAGCAGUGCGCGUGCGGUGGCAGCCCGGGCGGCGGCGGCCGUUUGUACAUAGCAACAGCAACAACCACAUUAGGGGCAACCACGGGGCGAACAAGAAGUUGUUCGUCCUGCCGCCGGGCUGCUCGAGUUCCGCCGUGCACUGCCCAUCCGCGAGUGUGGCCCAUGGCCCAUUGUGCCUGCUGCUCUUCUCACUGUCACCUAGACUCGCUGGCGCGAGGUUUAGCUUAGUUAUUUUCCGUUCAAAAUCAGUCUUAAACUUGGAAAACAAUUUUUGCAGUUAAGUUCGUAAAGUUGUAAUAAUUAUGAUUUUUGCUAUAUCAAGAAAUCCUUCUCUUUUACUUAUUAUUUUUGCGCUCCACAAUUUUGUGUGCUCUUUGUUAUUUGUUUUUUCCAUUAUUAUUAUUAAAUAAUGUUUAGUGUAUAUGUAAAGUUCGUUAAACAAAAAGAAAACUGUAAAGAAAUCAACAAACAACAAUUGUCAGAGAAACUUUGUAAAUUUGUAUUGAGCCUGAGCCUGUCUGUCUGCCUGAGCGGCAGUUGCAACCAGAGAUCAACAAAUUUAGCGAAAGGGCCAAAACAUGAGAAUAACAACAAGCCACCUACCAUCACGGCCCCCACUCGCACCCAGCCACCUCGACGGCUUUCCGAUUGCACCUACGUGCGAUUGGCGACCAGCUGUUUGGGCGCACCCUCCCCCCGGAGCUCCGGGGGCGGUGUGGAAGCCCACCACAGCUGGCGCCGGAAAGCUGUCGAUGCGAGGCGGGGGUCGGGGCUUGGCAAUACUUCAACGUCUACUGCGAAAACCAACUACAUGCAAUCAUUCACAUACACACACACACACACAACACACACAUACAAAAUGUAACUAAGUCCUAUGUUUAUUUUUAAUUAUUGUUCAAUUCUAAGAAUAAUACAUUAAAAAUUAAUAAUAAUAAAUUAUAUAUAUAUAAUUAUGAUUUUUUGUGAUAAGAAGAUGGUAAUACAACAAUUACGGUAUUGAUAUACAUAAUAUAUACAGAAUAUAUAUAUAUUUAAACAAGAAAUCAUAAACAAUUAUACAUAUUAACAAGAGAAAGUUGUUAUAAAACGUACGAGUACGAGAAUGCAAAUCAAGUGAAUGAAGUAAAAGUAUCGAGAAAACUGAAAAAUACUGCAGACAACCAACACCCCACACACAAUUUUUCCGCUGUUAUUGUAUAGUAAAGAAUAUUAUAUAUAAAAUAUAUAUUAUGUAUAAAAUAUUAACAAGAAUGGUAGUAGCAAAAUUAUAAACAAACCAGAAUACCAACAUCAAAGUCGUGCAAGCAGAACCCAAAACCCAAAAAAGGCGGGCGAGUGUUGCAAACUCAUACCAACAAAUCAGCAGCACCGCUCUGCCACAAAAUCCAACAAAAAAAAUUGUAAAAUCCCAACAAAUUAGAAGUUAUAAGCAGGAACACUGAAACCCAACCGACACCACAUCAGGCCUACUUGUGUAGUGGGACUGGACUGGACAAGUGACAACAGGAACUGGUGAGGGAGGCGAGGCAAGCGGAUCGACAACGCCCCGAGGAGCGGACAACCACCCCUGCCCGUUGGACCCCGAUGCAAUCAUGAUGCUGAGACUGCGGAGGAGCUCAACCUGUGCGAGGGCGUCAACUCCCCGGGACCCUGGUCGUUCCGCAUCCCCGCCUCCCGCCCCUACAACCAGGCACACACAUCUAAACGCACGACAAGAUCACAACAACAACUUGUACACGACCUACACAAUUAGCAUUUGUAUAUAAAUAUGUGCCGCUGCCGCUCGACCCCUAUCCGAUGUCCGUUCCUGCCUCCCACCUCGACGUAACGAUGCGGCGCCAGUGCUGCGCCCACGUUGCGUUGGGGGUGGGGCGUGGGGCGGAUAAAUGGGAAGGGGAGGAGCAGCGCGAUCCAUCAGUUGACAAUUCGAAGAACUCGCAUCCCAACUGUUCUGAGCAUCCUUUGUGUGGACUCCGUUUAUAAUUGCUAGAUGUAAUGCGUUCCGAUUGUACCACGAGUUCUUAUUGUUAUUUGUUUAAGUUGCACUCCUACCUAUACAUAUUCGCAAUCGAUGGCGAGGUUUUAGUUACUGUAACUGUGUAUUCGAAACAACAUCAAAGCAAGUAAACAACCAUCAACAACAGACAUUGUAUGAAAUAAAUUGUAAUUUCUAAUUUCCAAAA